AAGCUUAUUUCUCCUCCUCCUCCUUUAGUUAAAAUCAAAAUUAAAAUUGAUUGAUUCAAGUGUAUAGUAUUAGAGAAAAGGUGUUAAAGGCGCAUUUUCUCGGAUCUCAGAUCUUUCAUCCCCCAACACCAUUCUUUUAUUCUUCUUCUGUAUCAUUCAUUGCUCUAAGAGAUCGAAUAUAGCUUGCUGGGGAUCUUAUUAAAUAAUGGCGAGAAGGCAAGCAGGUACAACACGUCGUGUAGGAGAUGGCGGUAGCUUCCCUUUUGCUGGAGCUUCCCACUCCAAGUCUCGUUCUUCUCCUCUUUUAUCUAUUUGCCUUCUUCUUCUGGGGGCUUCCCUUCUCAUUUGGUAUGCUUACAGUGGUCCAGGAAUCUUUAAAAGUGUCAAAGAAGUCAGCAAAGUUUCAGCAGGUGACUAUUCUUGCACUUCAGAACUCCAAAAAGCCGUUUCUCUUCUUAAGAAAGCUUACGGAGAUGGGAUGCGCAAGGUCCUCCACGUAGGACCUGAGUCGUGCUCUGUGGUUUCCUCUCUCUUGAAAGAAGAUGAAGAGACUGAAGCGUGGGGUGUCGAACCUUAUGAUAUCGAGGAUGCUGAUUCUCACUGCAAGAGUCUCGUCAGCAAAGGCCUUGUACGUGUCGCUGAUAUCAAGUUCCCUCUCCCCUACAGGGCGAAAUCUUUCUCUCUUGUCAUCGUCUCUGAUGCUCUCGAUUAUCUCUCCCCCAAGUACCUUAACAAGACCGUCCCUGAACUUGCUAGAGUUGCUUCUGAUGGUUUGGUUCUUUUUGCUGGUCUCCCUGGUCAGCAGAGAGCUAAAGUUGCUGAAUUGUCUAAAUUUGGGCGUCCCGCUAAAAUGCGUAGUGCAUCAUGGUGGAACCGAUUCUUUGUCCAGACGAGCUUAGAAGAAAACGAAGGACCAAGCAAGAAGUUUGAACAAGCUGUUUCCAAAGGAUCAUACAAACCAGCCUGCCAAGUCUUCCACCUCAAGCCAUUACAUUAACCACUCACUACUGUUCCACAUUCACACGUAAGAACACAUAUAUAGCAUAAUCGAUAUUCUUCCUUUGUAUUUUGUAACAAAGUUUUUGUCCUUUUGUAUCCCAUCAACAUUUUUUUUUUUUUUCAUAUUGAAUUUAAAUCAACAGUAUCAUCAGUAA